AUGGACCCCGAGUUCGACGAUGUGGUGGCGGUGGAGGAUCUGAUGGUGAGGCCACGCCCCCUCCGCGCCUGGACACGCCCCCUUUUGGCUGCCACGCCCACCCCGUGGACCCCCGACCGCCGCGACCCCCCCGGGCCACGCCCCUUUUGCGCCCCCGGCGCCGCCCGGCUUGGCCACGCCCACUCGCCCACGCCCUCUGUGUGGCCACGCCCCUUCGUUGAUACCCCCAGGGGCGGGGCUAGCUCAGGGGGCGGGGCCUGGUGCGGAGCCGGUACCGCGAGGACACGGCCCGCGGGGUGGCGCUGCUCUCCGGUGAGGGGCGGGGCUAGCUCAGGGGGCGGGGCCUGGUGCGGAGCCGGUACCGCGAGGACACGGCCCGCGGGGUGGCGCUGCUCUCCGGUGAGGGGCGGGGCUAGCUCAGGGGGCGGGGCCUGGUGCGGAGCCGGUACCGCGAGGACACGGCCCGCGGGGUGGCGCUGCUCUCCGGUGAGGGGCGGGGCUAGCUCAGGGGGCGGGGCCUGGUGCGGAGCCGGUACCGCGAGGACACGGCCCGCGGGGUGGCGCUGCUCUCCGGUGAGGGGCGGGGCUAGCUCAGGGGGCGGGGCCUGGUGCGGAGCCGGUACCGCGAGGACACGGCCCGCGGGGUGGCGCUGCUCUCCGGUGAGGGGCGGGGCUAGCUCAGGGGGCGGGGCCUGGUGCGGAGCCGGUACCGCGAGGACACGGCCCGCGGGGUGGCGCUGCUCUCCGGUGAGGGGCGGGGCUAGCUCAGGGGGCGGGGCCUGGUGCGGAGCCGGUACCGCGAGGACACGGCCCGCGGGGUGGCGCUGCUCUCCGGUGAGGGGCGGGGCUAGCUCAGGGGGCGGGGCCUGGUGCGGAGCCGGUACCGCGAGGACACGGCCCGCGGGGUGGCGCUGCUCUCCGGUGAGGGGCGGGGCUAGCUCAGGGGGCGGGGCCUGGUGCGGAGCCGGUACCGCGAGGACACGGCCCGCGGGGUGGCGCUGCUCUCCGGUGAGGGGCGGGGCUAGCUCAGGGGGCGGGGCCUGGUGCGGAGCCGGUACCGCGAGGACACGGCCCGCGGGGUGGCGCUGCUCUCCGGUGAGGGGCGGGGCUAGCUCAGGGGGCGGGGCCUGGUGCGGAGCCGGUACCGCGAGGACACGGCCCGCGGGGUGGCGCUGCUCUCCGGUGAGGGGCGGGGCUAGCUCAGGGGGCGGGGCCUGGUGCGGAGCCGGUACCGCGAGGACACGGCCCGCGGGGUGGCGCUGCUCUCCGGUGAGGGGCGGGGCUAGCUCAGGGGGCGGGGCCUGGUGCGGAGCCGGUACCGCGAGGACACGGCCCGCGGGGUGGCGCUGCUCUCCGGUGAGGGGCGGGGCUAGCUCAGGGGGCGGGGCCUGGUGCGGAGCCGGUACCGCGAGGACACGGCCCGCGGGGUGGCGCUGCUCUCCGGUGAGGGGCGGGGCUAGCUCAGGGGGCGGGGCCUGGUGCGGAGCCGGUACCGCGAGGACACGGCCCGCGGGGUGGCGCUGCUCUCCGGUGAGGGGCGGGGCUAGCUCAGGGGGCGGGGCCUGGUGCGGAGCCGGUACCGCGAGGACACGGCCCGCGGGGUGGCGCUGCUCUCCGGUGAGGGGCGGGGCUAGCUCAGGGGGCGGGGCCUGGUGCGGAGCCGGUACCGCGAGGACACGGCCCGCGGGGUGGCGCUGCUCUCCGGUGAGGGGCGGGGCUAGCUCAGGGGGCGGGGCCUGGUGCGGAGCCGGUACCGCGAGGACACGGCCCGCGGGGUGGCGCUGCUCUCCGGUGAGGGGCGGGGCUAGCUCAGGGGGCGGGGCCUGGUGCGGAGCCGGUACCGCGAGGACACGGCCCGCGGGGUGGCGCUGCUCUCCGGUGAGGGGCGGGGCUAGCUCAGGGGGCGGGGCCUGGUGCGGAGCCGGUACCGCGAGGACACGGCCCGCGGGGUGGCGCUGCUCUCCGGUGAGGGGCGGGGCUAGCACAGGGGGCGGGGCCUGGUGCGGAGCCGGUACCGCGAGGACACGGCCCGCGGGGUGGCGCUGCUCUCCGAGCUGCUGCCCGAGACCCCCCCGGAGGAGCAGAGAGACAUCCUGUUCUACCUGGGGCUGGGGUACUACCGGCUCAAGGAGUACGAGCGCUCGCUGGAGCACCUGGAGCGGGGGCUGGGGGGCUCGGGGGGGCGCUGACCAGCGCCGGACACCAGUUCAACCAGUUACACCAGUGCCGGACAGCGGGGACACCAGUGACAGCAGUGACAGCAGUGCCGGACACCAGUUAAACCAGUAA